AUGCGGCUGUAUGGAGCCUGGAAGCUGCUUCCUUUGCUGCCAUGGGCGCGAGCAUUGCUCAGCCGCAGGGCCGAAGCUGGUCUAGCCUCCUUGGCGGCCUCUGAAGAGGGAGAGGCCCGGCAGAGUUCGGACUUGAUCUUGGAGGCGUGCAUGCAGCAGGACCAGUGGCAUCGCAUUCUGCUUCACAGCCAGCUAAAGGGCGUUUGCAUGGAGAUGUUGGGCUGUAUCCAAACUGUCCACAGUGUGGCAGUGGGUCGGCAUCUGCUGCUGCUGGCCAUCCGGGCGAUGUCGCAAUCCCAGGGCCGUCUACUGAGGACCUGGGAUAGCAUUCUCUUUCACAUGGAACAGAUGGGCCAAUGGGGAAGGGAAAUGAUCAGGCACUGGGAGACUCCCGAGAAAACAUCUCAGUUACAACUGUCUGCGCGUACUGCCGCUAACAGCACGCUGAAGACCCAAAUGAACGCAUCAAGCUGCGUUGCUGCAGAUGCCACGCGACGCACAGAGCUUCAAGGAAGGAUCCUGGCAACCUGCGCAGACAUCUGCCAUGGUCCGACCUGCAAGGAGUGUCAAACUUUCGCAGCGCGAGAGACAAGUUGGUCCUUGCUCAUGAAGCAGGUGGACCUUCUCGGGCAUGCCUUCAAGCGGGCCGUCCAGGAAGCUCGCGAGGAUGCGUUGGACAAACAGGAGGAGAAGCUCUCAAUUUUUUGCUUUGCCUGGACGCCUCGGCGAGACUAUGAUGAGAAAAUGUUAGCUGAGACCCGAAAGCAGUAUCGAAAGUGUGACGGCCAUAUCUUCUACACGGACCAUGCUGCUCCUGGAAAACAGAAGGAGACUGACUUCAUGAGGGUCGUCGUGCCUCCACAGAGCGUGGACCGCAACGAUGACAACUGGCUAUAUCACAGGAACAUGGUUGGCCUUAUGCCGUCAUGGAACCAUCUGAUCCAUUCGAACUUCGUGGACGAGCACGACUGGUUCAUCAACUCCGAAUUGGAUCACUUCCUCAGCCCCGCACGAGCCAGACAGACGAUUGCCGAGUACCUGCGUGGACUCCGCGAUGGCUCCGAGGAAGAGCAGGCCAGCCUCGAUGGGCCGAUCAUGCUGAUGUGGGGGAACGCCUUCGUCUUCAACAGGAAGUUCAUGCAGGUCAUGAAGCAGCACUGGGGCAAGCUAGGACGGACUGCCCGGCCAGGAGGCCCCGGCGAUGAGGCGGCGGCCGUUGGCUGUCCCAUGUUCAUGGACGACACGGCAGAGUGGCCUCAUAGCUGCUCCCAGGACGUUGUCUACCCGCAUUUGGCGACCGUCACUUUGCCCCGACAAUUUGGUGUGACUGUUGCAAAGCCGGGAUCUGCCGGCUGUGGCGCCGGUUCAGUCAAUGGCAAGCACAAGGCAUACCCUUUGGGCUGCUGGGAGCUGCAUCUCAAUCCCAUCCACGGUGGGGAGCAGGCAGCUCUGAAGGCGAUCAAGGAGCUGGCAGAAAUGAACCGCUUCAAGGAUCCCAAGAAGGCUACCGAAUACUGUCAAAGACACAAGCUGGAUGCCGUGCGGAAUAACUGCAUGCGCUUCUGGGACGGCAGGAACGUGCCCCUCAUCCACCACUUGCACACCGUGUCUGAGCAGCAGCUGGCCCGGCAGCUACUUGACCACGACUCAUCCCCGUGA